AAGUUUUUGCAAUGCUGUUAUCAAUAUGGUAAUGCAAAUACAGCUAUUGUUACUGUUGUUAUAUUUUGUUACGGAGGACUUCGCCGAAAAGCCAGUUUUAAUCGACCUAAAAGUUGGUAGGUUCAAUUGCGGAUUGUAGGGCGGUGCUGAGGCCAGGUGUGACUUAGGCUGAGACUUCUGCUGUGACAAAUAGAAUUGCUGUGACGGGUGACUGCAGUUCUUGCACCAAGGCUCCCCCGCUUAAGACGGACAGGUGGUGCUGGGGACGAGAAUAGAAAGGACGCAGAAAAUAAUGGCGCCCGAAGAUUGUGGCUUGUAACGGUAACCGAUUCGGAUUCUGCUAGCAAUGACCACUCUAUCUGAAAUCGUCAACAUAAGUGAGGAGGUGCUGGAUAAAAAGUUCGAGCUGGAGGCAUGGUACCGUUAUGACCCAGAACAGAAGGAAAAUUUGGUCUUUCUAUCUCCGACAGUACUUCUCGAAGAUUUAGAACUGAGAGAUGGUGGACUGAGAGAACGAGGGCCAAAGGAAGUUUUUUCACGCCUUACUAAAGACAUUUUGAGUUUGAAGAAACCUUCGCUCUUCCAAGUACCGGAGGUUCCUUAUCUGCACAUGGGCUAUGGGAAGAGUUCUGAAAAUAAGAAACACAGCAUGGCAGUAACGGAGAAUGAAGCUAGGGCUUGGAUGAAAGUCCUCGACCUGGCAAGCCACAAGAAAUCUGGCGAAGUUUUACAGACUGUUCAUGUUCAAGAUAUAGAGGAAGAGCCCAUGGAAGUGGAUGUUACGUUUCCCACACAGGAAGACACCCAGGCGUAUGAGUUUGAAAAAGGAGAACCAGAAGAUUUGAUUGAUCCGAGCAACAGUGGGCUAAAGCGUUGGGUAAAAGGUUCAUACCUUCUGUUUUUUUCGAUCUUGAUGAUAUUCUUCAAAAAGAAGNUUCCUUUUAUUCUGUUUUUAGGAAUUGAAAGCCAUGAUGUUUCUGUGUUGUUCAGAGUCAUUAGUGCAAAUCGACUCCGACAUUUUACCCUGGCCAUCUUACGUGGUGCAUGUAUAAAUUCUUCUGAUCCUAGAUGCAAACUACUGAGCAUGUACCCAGUCAAGUCUAUUAGAAAGUUUACAUUCAAAGAUGGAAAAGGAAAAGCAGUUGGAGCAAGCAGAGAAAAGUUUGCGAUUGGCACAUUCUGUAGAAUAGAGUUCCCAGUAACAUUUGAGUCUUUGGAACGAGCAAUUCGCAAUGAUAGUACAGUCAUGAAAGUUAUCUCAGGUUCAAAAACCAGAUUGCAUGUCCCCAACUAUGAGCAUAAACCUCUGCUGCAGGUUGCUUACACCAAACGAAAGCAUAGGCCAAAGUUAAUAAAACAUGUCUUCAGGGCUGCAGUAGUACAGAACCCACAAGAGUUGGAAAGUUGUGUCGUGAGGGCAGCAAGUUUGGAUGGAUGCUUGUUGUCUACAAUUGCCAGAAAGGCAAAAAGUGUUGGAGUUGUUUUAGCGAUAAACAACACCCUUGGACCAUUAGGCGGUUCCUUAUUAGUAGAUGUACCUGGUGCCAUGAAGAAGGUGAUCUGCUAUUUUGUCAGGUCUGUGGUUGUUGCUGGUCUACCUUCAGUAUAUCCACAGAAACAGGAUGGAGAGGAUGAAGAUGGUCUGUAUGAAGACUCUGGUUUAUCUGAUGAUGAUGAUGAUGAUGAUGAUGAUGAUGAUGAUGAAAGUUCUGACGAUGAACAGCCUGCCACUUCAGGAGUGACCAGUUCUGGUGAGAGUGGAAUUCCAGCCAGUAGUUCAUCUUCAGAAGCGUCACCAAGAAUCAAGCUGGGAACACCUGAUGAUGAUGUGUUAGAGGAGUUAGGAAGUGAUAUAGGUGCUGCUUGGAGGAAACUUGGCCGGCGCUUAAAAGUUACAGAGCCGGAAAUAACUGCCAUAGAUAAGGAAAAUGAGGAACUGGGAGAGAAAGGGUUUAAAACGCUCUUACAUUGGAAACAAUCUAAUGCUGAGGGUGCUACAUACCAAAUUUUAUAUGAUGCCUUAAAUCAUAGACUGGUGGCUCGCAGUGAUUUGGCCCAAAAAUAUUGUGUUGAGUAAAGAAUUAACUCUCAAAUGAGACAAAAUGUAAUAGAUAGUGAAUAUAUCAAGGUAGAUGUAGAUGUUAUCUAAGUUAUAAGUGUAAAUUAUUUUGAAACCUUGAAACAAUUAUUUUUUAGAGAUUAGUUGUAAGGUAUUACUAUAAUUAUGUAAAUCUAGAACAUGUACCUCCCAGGUGCGUAGUGAAUUUUAAAACACUUUUAGGCUUGAGUUUAUACCUAGCGAAGAAAAACAAAAAAAAAAAA